AGCCUAAGGGGGUGUGGAGCGACUGGCUUAGAGGCAACGAAGAGGAGGAGCAGGAGGAGGUGGAGGAGGAGGAACAGGUGGAAGAGGAAGAGCAGGAGGAGGAGGUGGAGGAGGUGGUGGUGGAGGAAGUCCCCAACUCGACUCGCUGAGACGCAGUGGCGAGCUUGAGAAGCAUGGACCAGAUUCCGGAGGUGGGAGACCUCAUCGAGAUUGACAGAACCUACUACCAGCACUGGGCUCUGUACGUCGGCGACGGAUACGUCAUUCACCUCGCCCCACCCAGUGAGUUGAUAAAGGCGAUAGACGGCGUCGAUGGAGCCAACAGCGCCAUGUCGGUGGCGACGAGCAAGGCGACGGUGAGGCUGGAGCCGCUGAAGGAGGUGGUGGGCGGAGCGCGGGCCGGCAACAAGGGCUGCCGUAGGCCGCUGCCCAUGGCCGCCGAGACCCUGCGGAGGGCCAGGGGCCUCGUGGGCGGGACGCUCCACUACGAGCUGCUGGGCGGGAACUGCGAGCACCUCGUGACGUCGCUGCGCCUCGGGGAGGCACGGGGGGACACAGGUGAGGCGAGGCAUUUUGGCUGCAGGCACCACGGUGGUAGCGGUGGUGGUGGUGGUGGUGGGUGGUAGUGGUGGUGGUGGUGUUGUUGGUGGUGGUGGUGGUGGGCACGCUGGCAACCUUCACCUGGUAUCGUGACCGCACCAAGAGACAGGAGCAGUGACGUGCCGUGGUGGUGGUGGUAGUGGUGGUAGUGG